UUCGGAUAAAACCCUACACAUCCUCCCAAACCAAACGCAUAUUAAAAUCCUCGCUCUCCCACCAAAACCAGAGGAGAGCCAGAAACAAAGUCCACUCUCCAAACUCUUCUGUCUCUUCAGCCUGAAACCCAAAUAACCAUGACGGACGUGAUAUCCCGCCAACGUCACAAACCGUAAACCUCAACAAUUCCGAGCCCCUCUUUCACACAAUUCUCAGGUAACGCACAUCGACAUCGUAACAGAAAAAUUGCGCCAUGAAGUUCUUGUUGGAGUUUGUCCCGUGCUGCGGGGCCACUCGCCCCACAACAUCCAACAGCGAGCCGGCUCCGCUCUCAGAGGAGACGAGAUCGCUGGUGAGGGCACCCAGCCGAAUACUACGCCGCAGAAGAAAGCGCGGGAGCUCCGUAAAUUCGUCCGAUUGGACGCCGUCGCUGAGCUCAAUUUCCGAGGAUAACGUUGCUGCGAAGGUUGUGGAUCGAACAGCUGCGAUUGAGAGAGCCGUAAAGAGGAAGAGCGGUCAGGAUCGAACAAGAGUUCAGGUCCGCAGCCACGGCGAAGAUUACGGGCAAGCUUCAUUUGCGAUUCCGGCGUUCUCUCCGACGCCUUUUAUGUUUUGAAAUCAUGGGAUGAAACUUGCAUUAACAGACAGUUAUUCACGUUCGAAACUGGGUUGGGAUCAUGAAGCGAGAGAGUGUGUACCAUUGUAUUGUACCAUUGUACUCGAAUAGUGCAUGCAUUUGUAAUUUUGUAUAUUUUCCAUUUAUGUGUUCAGAUUUCCCUAUUGUUCAUCCAACUUGCAUUUGGCUUAUGUUUCAUAAUUCAAUGAUAGACUGGAAAAUAAGUUUAAUUGGAAA